AUGACAUCGAAUUCCACGUCGGAAUCAUCCAAUUUCUGCUGGAGAUCAUCGACGAAAGAUCCUCAAUCAUCGGAACACUUGAAUGAAGGUGCACGUCCAGUAUUCUCAAAACAUCUUGUGGUAACAAAUGAUGGCAUUCGAGAUUUUAUACCUGAAUAUAUACGUGAGAAAUUUGGUGAAUCAAUUGAGCCAAAUCAAUGCACAAUUAAAGCAAUUUACAAAGCUGAUACAAAGAAGUUAUUUUACACAUUCAUAUUGAGUUGGUACAAAAAUGAAGCGUAUGUGACCACUGAUAGUAGUGGUAUAGCAAUUUCGAAAUCUAAAAAAUCGCUCAUAAAUGCUCCAACAAAGAGUGAGCAAAUCCGCCGUUGUGAUGGACCAUGCGGAAAGAUGCGACCGGUUAAGGAGCUCCGGAUUCAUGGACGAUGUGAGCAUGCAAUCUGCCAGCAUUGUACCAUUAAUGCACCAAUGAUUGAAAAUGCUGAUGGUACCAUAGGAUGUUGCAAUGAAGAAUGUUUUGCAACUAAUUUAGCAGCAGUUUGUCCAGAUCCAACCUUACGGCAUAAAUAUUUCCAAAAAAUUAUUGAAAACAAAAUAAACGAAAUCAUAGCAACAGGUGACGAAAAUCAAGAUUAUAAUAUGAAGCGAUUGCAACAAGUCAAGGAGUUGACAUCUCCAUCUCAAACUUCAUCAAUAAGCAAAUCGAGCAAAAUGAAACAAAGCCUGGAAGAGCUAUUAUGCGUUAAUAUGCUUAUUUUUGAAAAAGGUCCAAUGGAAACAAUUUGUCGACGUCGUUCUAUCACUGAAAUUAAUUCCGCCAAAUCUCUACGUAGCAUUUUGCAAUGGAUUGUUGGCUAUGGGCAAAAUCUUCAUAAAUGUCGCGUUUUCUUCAAUUGCAAUGGUAAUGAUGAUGAUUCAAAGUUUGAUUUAAAACAAUAUGAUAAUUUGCAAGAAAUUAACUUGAAACGAUAUGGUGAUAAGAAAAUUAGCACUUUUCCAUCAAUUAACGGAACGCUUAGUUUCGUUGUUGAUUACACGAAUCUUAUUGGAGGAAAUCCUAUUUCACCAUAUAUCUGA